UCACGAAGCUCAUCACCUUGCCACAAAAUUUAUUACCCAAUCUCAGAGCUCUUGACCCGCCAUCGUAAGACUGCAGUGAAAGGAAGUGCUGCACGGAGACCAUGUGGCGCAGGGACCCCGCAGCUUGAGUGACGGAGCUAAUGGCGGCGGAAUACUAGUCGCAGCACGGCAGGAUCAGCAGCGGUAGCGAACGCGUGCCCUCCCACAUAUAUAAUUUAUAGUAAUCAUGGUGCUCCUACAUGUUCUCUUUGAACAUGCUGCUGGAUAUGCUCUCUUUGCGGUCAAGGAGGUGGAGGAGAUUGGCAUGCUUCUGCCACAGGUAGAGGAGAGUGUGCUGAAUCUUGGGAAGUUCAGUACGGUGGUGAAGUUGGCAGCAUUUUUCCCAUUCAAGUCUGCACAGUCUGCCUUGGAAAACAUGAAUGCCAUCUCUGAGGGAGUUGUGCAUGAAGAUUUGAAGUUAUUCCUCGAAACAAACCUGCCACCUGGCGGCAAGAAGAAGAAGGUCAUUCUUGGGGUGGCUGAUGCAAAGAUAGGGGCCUCCUUGCAGGAGGAGCUUGGGCUCUCCUGUCAGACAGGAGGGGUAGUUGCAGAGUUGCUAAGAGGUGUGCGUUUACACUUCCACUCCCUUGUAAAAGGGUUGACCGCACAAGCAGCCUCCAAGGCUCAACUGGGCUUGGGGCACAGCUAUUCCAGGGCCAAGGUCAAGUUCAACGUUAACCGAGCAGACAACAUGAUCAUUCAGUCCAUCGCCCUUCUUGACCAGCUGGACAAAGACGUCAACACCUUCUCCAUGCGUGUCCGCGAGUGGUACGGUUACCACUUCCCAGAGCUGAUAAAGAUAGUGAACGACAACUCCAUGUACUGCCGUCUGGCUCGUCUUAUUGGGAAUCGCAAGGAGCUGAGUGAGGAGAGCCUGGAGCAGCUGGAAGAGGUGGUGAUGGACAGCAGCAAGGCCCAGGCUAUUCUGGAGGCAUCUCGCAGCUCUAUGGGAAUGGAUAUCUCCCCCAUUGACCUGAUCAACAUUGAGAGCUUCUCAAACCGUGUGAUUUCCUUGGUGCAGUACAGACAGGAGCUCCAGGAAUAUCUGCGUUCCAAGAUGGUCCAAGUGGCCCCCAACCUGGCUGCUCUUAUUGGAGAAGUGGUGGGAGCACGUCUCAUCUCCCAUGCUGGUAGUCUGACUAAUCUAGCCAAGUACCCUGCCUCCACUGUGCAAAUCCUUGGUGCAGAGAAGGCGCUCUUCAGAGCACUGAAGACCAGAGGAAAUACCCCAAAGUAUGGUCUGAUAUUUCAUUCCACCUUCAUUGGGCGUGCUGCUGCUAAAAACAAAGGCCGCAUAUCACGCUACUUGGCCAACAAAUGCACCAUCGCAUGCCGUGUGGAUUGCUUUUCAGAGCUGCCUAACAGUGUCUUUGGCAACAAGCUGAGAGAACAGGUAGAAGAGCGCUUGACCUUUUAUGAGACAGGGCAGGUCCCACGCAAGAACCUGGACGUCAUGAAGCAGGCCAUAAUUGAGGCUGGAGAAGUGGCAGCAGAGAUGAAAAGGAAGAUGGAGAAGAAAGAAAGAAAGCGAAAAAAGCGUGAAAAGAAGCAGCUUGAGGCUCUAUCCACAGUCGAGGGUGGAGAGGAAGAAGACCACACACUGAAGAAGACCAAACUAGCUGAAGAGGAAAAUGACCAGAAUGCAGAGACAGAAAUUGUUGCCAAGAAAAAAAAGAAAAAGAAGCAGCAGAUGGAAGAAGAAAACGUGGAGAACGAGGCUGAGGAUCUAGCAGAGAAUGGCAUAGAGGAAACAGCCCCUGCCAAGAAGAAGAAGAAGCGAAAAAGUGAGGUGCUGGAACCAGAAGAAGUGGAGGAGGCAGAGGAAGAAACAGAACCUCAGCAGGUCAAGACAAAGAAGAAGAAAAAAGAAAAGUAAACAUAGGGCAAUAAAGGUGGACAUGAAAACAUCCAUCCGCAGGACAAGUUUGAGCUUAUACUGUACUUUUGUAACUAUAACAUUCUGAAUGUGAAUAUUUUUUAAAACAAGAGUCCUCCUGUUUGCCUCCAGUUUCCUUUGAGUUAAUGUGGAACUGACCUUAUUCUAUAAAACUUUCUAAUCAUACCUUCUCUUUUGAGUGCUUCUAAUAGUAUAAGCUUCUAUACCUUAUGAAGAUGCAGCAGUAGUGUUAAUCACAUGGUUUAGAAGGUAAGUGAAUGUAAAGUAAAUGUUCUGAAACUUAUGAAUCCUUACUCCAAAACUAAUGAAAAUGAAUUAAAUUCUUUCAGUAAGCAGCACAUGUUGGGAAUGUUUUGCCAGAUUAAAAUGGGAGGCUCUUACAUGGUUUACCAUGUGAUGACUGUCCUUUGUGUGACCAGUGAGGCAGGCUGCAAGGUGAUAGUUGUCAUGCUGCCUGCCUCAGUCUUAGUGUACCAACUGUGAGGGAUGUAUGCUGGCUUGGAACAGCCGCCACGCUACUGCAUCUUACCAUGUUGAUUGGCGGAUAGACCGAUAAUGGUCUGUUUGGAGGUCUGUUCAGAGGUCUGUUCAGCGUACGUGUGUUGAAAGGGGCCGCUUAAGUGGUUUUCCUUAUUUGUACAAUAAAAAUGUUUCUACUGAA